CUCACCCACUAGCCAGCUUCGCCAGUCCAUAGCAAGCCACGAUGGCCUACGUCGCGCCCGCUAACAUCGACGGUGCCUAUGACCCCCGCUCCCACCUCACCGAGGUCGAGGAGGACGACGCUGUCGCCCCGCACACAGACCUCUUCCCGGAUGGCACGCCAAUUAACCUGGAGACGUACAUGUACUGGGCCAAAAUCCGCCGCGAGGAGGAAAAGGCCGACACCACCGCUGGACCGGCCAACCCCUGGCUCCGGUUCUUCUCGAUGAAGAAGUCCGCGCCCACUCACGAGACCGCCUCCGAGAGCCCCUCUGACGAGAAAAAGGAGAAGGGAUCCGACACGGGUAGCGCGGUCAUCUCUGCUGGCGAGUACCGUCACGCCUCUGGUGCUCUCCGCACUGCCUCGUGGGGAAGCGUUUUCUACCUCAUCACGACCGAUAUUUUGGGUCCCUACUCUGCCCCCUUUGCUUUCCAGCAGGUCGGCUACGGUCCUGGCGUUGCUACUUUCAUCGGUUUCGGUCUCAUGGCAGCGUACAGCGGCGCUUGCUUGUGGUGGAUGUUCAUGAAGGUCGACUCUACCAAGUACCCCGCGCGGACCUUCGGUGAUCUCGGGUAUCGUCUUCUCGGUAGUGGCUUCCGUCAUCUGUGCAACAUCUUGCAGAGUCUCCAGCUCAUCUUCAACGUCGGUAUCAUCAUCCUCGGUAACGGCCAAGGUCUGUCGCAGAUGGCCAAGUUCCAGCUUUGCUUCAGCGUGUGCAAUCUCGUCUGGAUGUUGGCGGGUAUGAUCCUCGGUCAAGUCCGCACCCUCGCCAAGUUCGGAUGGCUCGCGUCGCUCUCGAUCUGGAUGAACGUCCUCGUUCUGAUUAUGACGAUGGCCUCUGUCGCCCACUCGCUACCUAACUACAUCGGAUCGGGUUUGGACGCAGCCCCUGUCAUCACCCAGGCCAUCAACAGGCAGCCCUUUGAGCCCCAGCUCAACGGUAUCAUGCAGAUUGUGUUCUCGUACGGUGGAGCUAUGAUUUUCACCGAGUUCAUGUCUGAGAUGCGCAAGCCCAUGGACUUCUGGAAGGCGAUGGCCUGCGCCCAGGUCUUCAUCACCUUCGUCUACAUGUUCUUCGGCAUCUUCGUCUACGCCUACCAGGGCCAGUUCACCAUGAACCCCGCCAACCAGGGCAUCUCUGCGUACGGCCUCCAGACCGCGACGAACGCCAUCUCCCUCACCGCGGGCCUAAUCGCCGCCGCGUUGUACGGCAACAUCGGAAUCAAGAUCUUCUACCAGAACAUCUUCGUGAACCUGCUCAAGUUCCCGCAGCACAGCUCGCCCAAGGGCAAGUGGAUCUUUGCCGUCGCCGUGCUCGUGUAUUGGUCGCUCGCCUUCGUCAUCGGCUCCGCGAUCCCGCAGUUCAGCAACAUCUCGUCGCUCAUCGCGGCCGCGUGCAUCUUCCAGUUCACGUACACGUUCCCGGCGAUCAUGAUCCUCGCGUACUCGAUGCAGGUUGAUGCGAUCGAGGGCGACCGCGAGUACGACCCCGCGAACCCGCACGGCUCCCGCGUCGACACGUGGAGACAGGCCUCCCGCUGGAAGCGUGCACUGAAGAAGAACAUCCUCUUCAAGGCGUUCAACUUCCUCGUCUUCUUUGCGUGUCUCGCGGCUGUCGGCCUCGCCAUGUACUCAUCUAUCACCGCCAUCAAGGCUGGCUUCGCCACGGACGGCUCAGCGACGUCGUUCGGCUGCAAGUCCCCCGUUGACAACUAAACAGGUCGUCGUGUACAUAGCCCACGUUAUUUAGCUGACGCACAGAGAGUGUACACGGACACUUGCUACAGUAUUUCGGGGUUUCGUUCGCAUUUUCUUCACCCUGGGGUACGAUUCACGCUGGACGAGGACUUGUUGGUGCAUGUAUUAUGAUUCAUACUAAUGACGUAGGUAGUAGUAGUAGCAACGAUCUAUAACGGCGACGUAAAAUAUAUAUAUCCCACUUAC